AUGGCUAUAGUAAAAGGUGCCGGAAUGGUCAUGAAAGCCAUCAUUGAGGAAGGAGAUGCUGAAAUUGCAGCCAAGAUGCAGGAUCUAGCUCUCGCUGAAGGAGCUUUACCCAAACACCUUCAUACAGCCAUGUUUACUCAGAGUAACGACAGUCGUAUGCUGACAAACAGACAACUGAGUCGACAUCUUGUGGGAUUAUGGGUAACAGGACAUCCGACAGCUAUGGGACUGCUACGUAGAAUUCUUCCAAGUGGAUUAUUAGCCUAUUUAGACUCGACAGAGCCUGUACCAAUUCAUGAAGCUGAUAAACUUCAUGUUAGAGAUAAUGUUAAACUGGCUCAGGAACAUCAGAAUAAAAAUCGAAGAAAUGCACAAAUUGUGAUUUUAGAAAAAAAAGUAGAUGAGUUUUUACAACAUUGGAGAUCUCGGAUAGGUUUGGAAAAAACUAAACAGCAAAAUGACCGUCCGAUAGUUUUAAGAAAAAGAAGAGAGAGAAUAAAAAGUGAAGCCAACUGGAAAUUAUUUUAUUAUUAUUUUAAUCAAGAUCACGCAAAACCAAAUUUAAUUUGGAACUAUAGGACACGAGAAGAAUUACGAGAAGCUCUAGAAAAUGAAAUGAGGGCAUUUACAGUUGACAAAGAAUUGGGUCAGUCAUUCGUGAUUGGCUGGAAUCAUCAGGAGUUCGAAGUUCCUUAUAACUGUCUCAAUGAAGAAAUAAAAAUUGAAAUUGGUGCCUUUAAUGAUACAAGAUACAUGGUGGGAAUGUUAGAUAGGUGUACAGAUAAAUUAGAACGAGAUAGAUUAAUUUUAUUUUUAAACAAACUAAUUCUACAUCAGAGAAAUGUAAAGGAAAUCAUGGAUGCCAAUGGUGUCAAAAUAUUGGUUGACCUUUUAACCUUAGCUCAUUUACAUACUUCCAGGGCAACAGUUCCCUUACAAUCAAAUGUUAUUGAAGCUGGGGCUGAUAUGAAGAGAGACAGUGAAAAAGAGUGGUAUUAUGGUAAUGCUGAAAAAGAACGAUUGGGUCCUUUCAGCUUUGAAGAGAUGAAAGAAUUUUGGAAGGAGGGUAUAAUAACAGCAAAGACGAGAUGUUGGGCCCAGGGUAUGGAUGGUUGGCGGCCAUUACAUACUGUCCCGCAGUUAAAAUGGAUUCUAUUGGCCACCAGUCAACCUGUAAUGAAUGAAACAGACCUAGCUACUUUAAUACUCAAUAUGUUGAUUAAAAUGACAGAAUAUUUUCCUAGUCGGUUAGUUUGA